AUGGCUGAGAGAGGCGGAGACCGCGGUGGCUUUGGUAGAGGCUUCGGAGGCAGAGGGCGUGGCGGAGACAGAGGCGGCAGAGGAGACCGUGGCGGCAGAGGAGGCCGCCGUGGCCGAGGCCGCCGCGAAGCCGACGAAGAAAAAUGGGUCCCAGUUACCAAGCUCGGCCGGUUGGUCAAGGACGGUAAGAUCAGAUCCCUAGAGCAAAUUUACCUCCACUCACUCCCGAUCAAAGAGCACCAAAUUAUCGACACUCUGGUAGGACCAUCUCUCAAGGACGAGGUCAUGAAGAUCAUGCCGGUCCAGAAACAAACCCGGGCCGGUCAACGUACCCGGUUCAAGGCUUUCGUCGUGGUCGGUGACGGAAAUGGCCAUGUAGGGUUGGGGGUGAAGUGUUCGAAAGAGGUGGCGACGGCGAUUAGGGGAUCGAUAAUUCUGGCGAAGCUGUCCGUGAUUCCGGUGAGGAGAGGGUAUUGGGGGAAUAAGAUUGGGAAGCCUCAUACAGUGCCUUGUAAGGUCACCGGAAAAUGUGGGUCCGUCACCGUCCGGAUGGUGCCUGCUCCCAGAGGUGCCGGGAUUGUGGCGGCGCGUGUACCCAAGAAGGUGCUGCAGUUUGCUGGGAUUGAGGAUGUUUUCACUUCGUCUCGUGGCUCCACCAAGACUCUUGGAAAUUUCGUCAAGGCAACUUUUGAUUGUCUGCUGAAGACUUAUGGGUUCCUUACUCCAGACUUUUGGAGCGAGACUCGCUUCACAAAAUCUCCAUUCCAAGAGCACACAGAUCUGUUGGCAAAGCCGACUAACAAGAUUGUUUUCAAUGAUGAUGCUGCUGAGAGGAUUGAGCCUUGA